AAGUGCGCGGAUCGUUCGCGGAAUGAAAUUCGGAUAUAUGUACUUAUAUAUGUACAUAUCGGCGUUGCAUAGUGAUAUAAGUAAAGCAUACAACUGCAUACGUCAAGCUAAUGUUUAUGUGCGUUCGUGCGUGUGAGUGGGUGAAAUACUAGAAUAAAUAAAGCAAACAAAAAAUAACCAAAAUGGAUAGCGCUGAGCAACAACAACAACAUCAGUACUUUGAGCACAGCUGGAAGUCGGCCAAUCAUGGAAAUUCCUUAUCAGACAGCAGAGAUUAUGAUACAAACUCAACGCGUACAUCGCUGACUGGAUCGCCUCCUAUAACUGCGUCAUCACUGCACUUGGACUUUAAUGAAUUUGAGGAGAAGACGCUGACAGCCUUGCUAACGCCCAGGCUGACAGAUGCGGCAGAGGGCAGUGGCAGCAGCAGUAGCAGCGUUUACAGCAGCCUUACGACUGCAGAGCAACAGGUUGUGCAGCCUUUAGAAUUAAGUUUAGCAAUUGACGCGGACGAUGAGGUGCUCUCGACAUCACCUACAAUUACAACAGAAUUAACCAAUGUGCCCAUGUUGCUAACUAGCACACUCAUAGAUACAAACACAAAUACAGACAUAAACAUACACACGCCACCCACAACCACACCCACAGCCAUUGCAUCAUAUCACAUAGACAGUGCAGCCGCAGUCGCAACUGAUACACCAAUUGCUAUGGGCACCUACAAUCUGGACAACAUUUGCUUUACGCUCGAGUAUCAGUUUGAGAACCAAAAGCUCGUCCAGGUGCAGCCGCCAAUGGUGGUUGCCUUCAGCAUGCUGCCGGCUAGCGAAGAGUCUUCCGCAACAGCAACAACAAUAAUAACAACAACAGCUGAAGUAACAACAGCUCAGUCAAACGAUGCCGCUGGCGAUCUUGUGCCAUCUCCGUCUCCUACUGCAUAUUACUAUAUUGAGAACCAGAAUGAGCUCGACGUUAACGAUGACCAGCUGGCUAAUUGCAUCAGUCCCGGCGCCCUGCAUAAAACCAGCGAUGAGGAUCAAUUGAUGGCUAUGAUGGCGUAUGAGAGCUCGGACGAGGCGCUCAGUCGCUAUAAAUGCAACUACGAGAACUGUUAUCGCAGCUAUAGUACAAUCGGUAAUCUCCGAACGCAUUUGAAAACACAUACUGGUGACUACAGCUUCAAAUGUACAGAGGAUGGCUGCAACAAGGCAUUCCUCACCUCCUACAGCCUUAAGAUACACGUGCGGGUUCAUACUAAAGUAAAACCUUAUGAGUGUGAUGUGAACGGUUGUGAUAAGGCCUUCAAUACGCGCUAUAGAUUGCACGCUCAUUUGCGUCUGCACAAUGGUGAGACUUUCAACUGCGAUAGGUGCGAAAAGUAUUUCACCACGCUGAGCGAUCUAAAGAAGCAUAUACGUACUCACACGCAAGAGCGACCGUACAAGUGUCCGGAGGAUGAUUGUGGCAAAGCGUUUACCGCCUCGCAUCAUCUAAAGACCCAUCGACGCACGCACACGGGUGAAAAGCCGUAUCCUUGUCAGGAGAACAGCUGCCAGAAAUCGUUUAGUACCUCGCAUAGCUUAAAGUCGCAUCAUAAAACGCAUCAGCGUCAACUGCUCAACAAGGGUAAGAAAAAGACAAAGCGCGCUUUAAAGCUGCAACAACAACAACAGCAGCAGCACCUGGAACAAUCUGAGGAGGCACUGGAGCCCAUCGCGGCAGAGCAGGAUUUGCUGCUUAUGAAUCCAGGCAGUCAAAGCUCGGAGGCAACGAGCAGCGACAGCGGCGUUGUGCUGCCAACAUUGCCCAAUGUAUAUAUGUUACCCGAGACCUCGCAGGCGUAUCCCUUGUCCUAUGCGGCGGAGGAGGAAAUACCCAGUCCUUGGGUGGACGCCGGCGUGCUUGUCUCCAAACCAAUUGUGCCCAUGGCGCCGUUGACAGAUGCCUGUGUGGUGCUGCCCACCGAAAUGCCUACAUUUGUGGAUCUAAAGCCCAGUUUUGGCAGCGCCAUCAGCGGCAACAUGCAAGAUUUGCUUACGCAAACAGAUGUAGAUAUGCCGGUUACACCCACGCUGGAGCUGAAUCAGCAGAAUAUAGAUGAGCUGCUCAAGGAUGAUAGCUUUGACAAUGAUGAGGAUAUGGAAACGGAAUCGCUUCUAAAUGAUAUACUCAUGACCAUUGACAAUAACAGCGCGCUGCUGCGUGAGACGCUGCAUCAGGCUGCUCAGGUGCCUAACGAUGCCUCUGGCUUGGUGGAGCUGGACAUUAGGGAUAACAAGCCGACGCUUAAACAGAUUACAGCAGAUGCGGGCAUCUGCAAUUGCACCAACUGCAAGUGUGAUCAAACGAAGAGCUGUCAUGGCGGCGAUUGCGGGGUCAAGGCCAGUGCCAAGCCCAUUACAACUGUGAGCAAGUCCAGCACGGGUCGUGCGGUCGGGGGUGCUGGCAAACGCAUCUGCGGCAGCUCUGGCAGCAAAAAAGUGAGUAGACGCGAAGCGGAAAUGAACCAAAACAUUGAGGAUGUUGCUUUGCUGCUGCAGAACUUGGCUUCAAUGAGCGGCGGCGGCAGCUCGUCUGCUGGUGGCGGUUGCUGUGGUGGUGGUGGUGGCGCUGCUGCUGCUGGUAGGUCGCCACCGUUGCCUGCAGCUGCUGAAGGUUGCGGUUGCGCCGCAAAACCAACGCCAGCGCCAGCAGCUGUAGGUUGCUGUGGUGCUACAGCUGCGCCAGCGCCUGUAGUCAGCAGCUGCUGCUCGUCCACGCCUGUGGCAAAGCCAGUCACAGGUUGUUGCACAAGCGCUGCACCGCCUGCAGCGGCUGCGGGCUGCUGCUCCGGCAAAGCACCGCCUGCGCCGCCAACUAUAACUAACAACGCGCUAAAGAGCAACUCCUGCACUUGUAAGAGUCCAGCGGAGGGCGUGGCCAACGGCUGCUGUGUGGUUAUCUGCAUGAAAACGCUGCAAGCCUUGCGCAAGGUGCUGACGCGCCGGAACCUCAACCUAAUGCUUUGUCCACAGCAAAGCUAAGCUAGAUGGCCAACGCAAAAAGUAUUCUAAAAGCCAAAAUAAUGUUUUUAUUAAUAUUUUAUUUAUGUUAUUAUUGCUGUUAUCCAAACAUAUUGUAUAUA